AUGUCAGCUGUCACUCGCUUCCCUUCCUUCCAAGACCCGACUAUCAAUCACCAACGACCCCUCGUGCCGUCCCCCACCUCAGCUGAGCUACCUUACAAUACCUUCUUGUCACACACCUGCAGACCUGUCCCGACUUUCAAAUCUUCGAUCUUCGAUCUUCGAUCCUCGAUCCGGCACGGUGCCUCGGCCCUCGCUCACCACUUAGUGCUACCGGUAGAAUUCUCACCAUCACGACCGAACUCGAAGCGCUUGCCUACCUAUCUACCUACUUUAGAGGUAUCAACCCCAGCUAGUAAAGUCUCACCACUGCCUAACCACCACCACAAGCCUGUAUACUAA